GCUCUGCCUUAAGAGACAACAUGAGAAGACCAAGCCUCCAGACUGGAUGACAUCUUUCACUCCUGUAGCCCUAGAAAUUGGUCUGACUGGUCAAGACUGGUGCUGUCCCCAGUUUCCUUACCCGCUGCCCUCCCUCCCCUUUCCUUUCUUUACACCAGGCUCCAUAUCCCUCCCCUUUUACUUGGACUUUCAAGCCCUUUUCUUUCCGUCUACCUUUUUCCUCUCCCAGUGUAUCCAUUAUAUUUUGUUUUUAUCUUUGCUUUCCUGAUGCUAAUUUAUAUUUUCCCUUGCCUUGACACCUAAACCUUUUCCCCUGCAUUAUCUUCCCUUCUUUACCCUUAGCAGCCCCCCCCAUGCCAGUGAGCAGAAUGAGCUGGUUAAGCAAGCUGAAUCCGAGGGGAGUAGCAACGAGAGCCCGUCGAAGUGUCUCACAGCAUAGUCCAGUUACUGCUGACCCAGAAACAUGCCUGAUGGUAUUUAAGAACCACUGGACCCAGGUUUUGUGGAUCCUGGAGAAGAGUGAAACCAGACAGUCCCCAGUAGCUGCAGAUGACCUCACUGCUGUGCGCAACUAUACGGACCAGAUGAUGUAUCUUUUGGCUGAAGAGCGCACACAGGAGAGUGGGACAAUUGGUCCUAUCUUAGAAUUUGUAGUGUUGGAAAAUGUCCUGCAUAAACUUCUAGUGUGGCAUCAAAAGCAAGACUUUAGUGAAGAGAAAAAAGUAGAACUACUGAAACUUUAUGAGAUGUUAAUUAUUCAAUCCCAUCAGCCAAUGCUGAAGCACAAGGCCAUUGUAGUUCCACUGAUGAGAUUACUGAGCACCUGUUCAGAACCCACCUCUUCCAUUUUGGAAAGCAAUCUGGUACUGCUGCUGAAUCAGCUCUGUGUUUCUAUGGCAAGGGAGCCAUCUAUACUGGAGCUGUUCUUCCAUAGCCCUGCUACUGAUCAAGGACCUACAAACCUGCUGAUCUUCUCGCUCCUUGUUCCUUUUAUCCACCGGGAUGGCGUGAUUGGCCAGCAAGCACGGGAUGCACUUCUCCUCAUUAUGGCAAUGUCUGCCAGUAACCAUACCAUUGCCAGUUACAUCACAGAUCACUCUUACUUUUGCCCGGUUAGUACUUUUUUCCAGUUUGUUGAUACAGGAUUGCAGCACAGUUACAGCAGCAUUGCUUAGCUGUGUGUGAAUGCAAACCCUAAGAUCAUUUAGGUUUUCCUCACAUCAUUGAAAGUAAGGUAUAAAAAUUUUUAAAUUUGAAAGUGGUUUAAAUUAGUGUUAAGUUGUUGAAGAAAUGGUAAAACAAUUUUUGUGUUUGUGGAAAAAGAAUGUUAAGACUGUAGAUUUUAACAAAAGAAGAAUUCUUGAGCUGUUGUAUGACAGAGCUUUCAUGGAUGCUGUAGUUAGCUUUCCACAUCAAUGCCUUCCUGAACCCUAAACCAAAAUUACUGUAAGAACAUACAGCAGAUGAAACAAACACUUGUUUCCCUGUUCACAUUUACCGAAUUGUAGAAAUGGCAUGUACUCUUCACCGUUAUUAUACUUGGGUUAUUUAAAAGUCCAGUUCAUGCAUUGUAUUUCAGGUUCAGUAAUUUGUCUUUUCCUGCAUAACUGUGCUAAACAUUGUCGAACAGGCCUUUGUUGCUCACAUUGCUUAGAGUGUUUUAAACCCAUUUUGGCACUGAAAUUGAAUAUUAAAUGUGCUUCUUUGUGGGUCGUUGGUUUCAUUCUCAUCCCCAGUUACUGCUACAUUCUGAGAUGUUUGUUUGCUGGGGGUUGGCAUAAUGGUUAAGGUGUUACAUACAGGAUUUGAUCUUCAUUUUUAAAGGAAAUUGCCUAAGUGUAAAAUAGCCCGUGGGGGCCUAAUAUUUCCCAGUAAACCUGGGUUGCAGACCAUGACAUUGUGAACUAACUGCUUGAAAUGCAUUACA